AAGCCUUCCUCCACCCCUCCCUCCACUCCUCCUCUGCCUCCCUCCAUCCCUCCCUCCACUCCUCCUCUGCCUUCCUCCAUCCCUCCCUCCGCUCCCCUAAGCCUUCCUCCACCCCUCCCUCCACUCCUCCCCUGCCUUCCCCACCCCUGCUCCGCCGCCCCCCGCCCCUUCCCCUCCCGGUCCCCGCACUUGGCUCCUGGUCGCCUCCGUCUCCAACUUCUCCGGCCCUGCCUCCUCCAGCCCCCGCCUCCCGCCUCCCCCCGAGCCUCCCACCCGGCCUCCCCCCGCUCCCACCCGGCCACCCGCCGCAGAUGCCGCUUCCCCGGCGGCCGGGACGGCGGCCCCCGGCACCUGCCCGCCUCUGAGCCCCGGGGCAGGAAAGUUGGGGGCGGCCGCUGAGCCCCCUGCCAUGUUCUCCGUGCAGGAGGCGCUGCCCCGGGGGGGCCUGCCCAUGAAGGAAGAGCCGCUGACCGCGGGGCUGCCCUCCGUCCGCUGGCUGCAGGGCACCGGCAUCCUGGACGCCAGCACAGCGGCGCAGAGCGGGGUGGGCCUGGCCCGAGCCCACUUUGAGAAGCAGCCCCCCUCCAACCUGCGGAAAUCCAACUUCUUCCACUUCGUCCUGGCCAUGUAUGACCGGCAGGGCCAGCCCGUGGAGAUCGAGCGCACCUCCUUCAUCGACUUCGUGGAGAAGGAGCGGGAGCAGAACGGCGAGAAAACCAACAACGGGAUCCACUACCGGCUCCAGCUGCUGUACAGCAACGGGCUCCGGACCGAGCAGGAUCUCUACGUCCGCCUCAUUGACUCCAUGUCCAAGCAGGCCAUCAUCUACGAGGGGCAAGACAAGAACCCAGAGAUGUGCCGGGUCCUCCUCACCCACGAGAUCAUGUGCAGCCGCUGCUGCGACAAGAAGAGCUGUGGGAACCGCAACGAGACCCCCUCCGACCCCGUCAUCAUCGACAGGUUUUUCCUGAAGUUUUUCCUCAAAUGCAACCAAAACUGCCUGAAGAACGCAGGGAACCCCCGGGAUAUGCGGCGCUUCCAGGUGGUCGUGUCGACGACGGUGAACGUGGACGGCCACGUCCUGGCCGUGUCCGACAACAUGUUCGUCCACAACAACUCCAAGCACGGGCGGCGGGCACGGCGCCUCGACCCUUCCGAAGCCACCCCCUGCAUCAAAGCCAUCAGCCCCAGCGAGGGCUGGACCACCGGAGGUGCCACCGUCAUCGUCAUCGGCGACAACUUCUUUGACGGGCUGCAGGUCGUCUUCGGCACCAUGCUGGUGUGGAGCGAGCUCAUCACGCCUCACGCCAUCCGGGUGCAGACCCCGCCGCGGCACAUCCCCGGCGUGGUGGAGGUGACGCUCUCCUACAAGUCCAAGCAGUUCUGCAAAGGCGCCCCGGGACGCUUCGUCUACACCGCGCUGAACGAGCCCACCAUCGACUACGGGUUCCAGCGGCUGCAGAAGGUCAUCCCCCGGCACCCCGGGGACCCCGAGCGCCUGCCCAAGGAGGUCCUGCUGAAGCGGGCGGCUGACCUGGUGGAGGCUCUCUAUGGGAUGCCACACAGCAACCAGGACAUCAUCCUGAAGCGAGCGGCAGACAUCGCCGAGGCGCUGUACAGCGUCCCCCGCAACCCUGGCCAGCUCUCCUCGCUGGCCGGUACCCACGGCCACGCCGGCAUGAUGGGGGUGAACUCCUUCGGCAGCCAGCUGGCCGUCAACAUCGGCGACUCGCCGCAGGGCACGGAGCAAGGCUACUCCCGAAACACGGGCAGCGUCUCGCCGCGGGGCUACGUGCCCAGCUCCACGCCACAGCAGAGCAGCUACAGCGGCGCUGCCGGCAUCAACGGCUACGGUGGUGGCACCAUGGCCGGCCUGGGGGUGCCCGGCUCCCCCAGCUUCCUCAACGGCUCCACCGCCAACUCCCCUUAUGCCAUCAUGCCCGCCAGCCCCCCACUCGGCGCCUCCUCCAUCACCCUCCCGUCGGGCACCAACGCCUCCACCCCCUCCGGGGUCUUCUCCUUCUCCCCCGUCAACAUGAUCUCGGCGGUGAAGCAGAAAAGCGCCUUCGCCCCCGUGGUGCGGCCGCAGACCUCCCCGCCGCCUGCCUGCGCCAGCACCAGCAGCAGCAGCCUGCAAGACCCAGCUUUCGAGGACUCGGACAAGUUCCACACGCCUGCACGGCCGCUCCAGGGACUGGCCUAUUCCUAAGCACAGUAGGUCCUGGGACGCACCGGCCCCCCCAUCCCGCUGGGACAGGCAGGGGGAGCAGGGCCAAGGAGGGCAGGGACCCCCCACCCCGGCGUGCCCACCCCUCGCCUUCCCUUGCAGCCGUGUCCGGCCGCCUCAGGCCACCCAUGUGAGCCGCGACAUGGACCGGGACUGAGCGUGGCCUCACAGCCCUGUGGCACCGGCCCCGCCGACCCCGCUCCCGGGGACUCCCGUGGGGAUUGGGGCACGCAGGGCUGUGGGACCUGCCACCCCACUGCCCUGCGGCUGCCACAGCCCGGCCCGGCAGAGCUCAGACCCCUCGCAGGACAGGGGCUGCACCCCACAGCGGGGCGUCCCCAGGGUGGGGGGGGGGUGACCCCAGCCAGGGCCGGCAUCGGUGUGGCUUGGCAUGGCUCGGCUCAACCAGAGAGGGGCCUUGGCGGGGGGAGCCCCCAGGAAUGACCCAAACGCUCUGGGUUUAGCCUCAGAAAGACACCAAGAGACCUGCGAGGUGCAGGGUGGCAGCAGCAGACGCCGCGGGCAGGGCGCUCGGGGGUGGGACGGAUGCUCCGGGGCAGGAUGGGGGUGAAUGUUCCAGGGCAGGAGGGAUGCUCGGGGGUGGGAUGGAUGCUCCAGUGGGACCCAGCUCCCCCCUCCACACUUCCCGGCUCUCUCACCGCCGUGGCCAGCGCUCUCUCCCCAGAUGUGCAGCUCCACAUCUGGAGCCGCCCACCCGCAGCUGCCGGGCGGCUGAGGCCGGAUCUCUGCCUGCACCCCGCGCCCCCGCGCAGGAUCGGGGCCUCGGUGCCGCCCAGGCGGGGGGUCUGGGCUGCCCCGGCCCACCGACCCCGAGCCCCUGGGUCAGUUCCUGACCCCAUCAGCCACCGGGGCUGGCUGUCCCAGGACACAACCGCAGCUCUUUUCUCAUUAUUAUCACUAUUAUUAUUAUUAAUAUUAAUAUUAUUAUUAUUUUUAGCAGCAGGCAAGCCAGCGGGCAGGGGCUCUGGCAGGGCAGGCAGGAGACCCCUGGCCCUGGCACUGCCUCCCCGUGCCGGGGUUUUCCCUGUUCUCCCAGCCGGGAGGGAGCGGCCGGGAAUUUUGUAAAUAAAGAAAAAGGGAAAAAAAAAAAAAGACCAACCUACUCCCCGCAUCCCCGCCGUGGGGGUGGCCCGUGUCUCCCCCUCCCCAUGUCUCGUGCUGCUGUGUGCCGCAGCCACGGUGACGCCGCCGUGCCCUGCUCAGUGUCAGCACGCGUGUCCCCCCCGCUGCCCCUCGCUCCGGGCUGGGUCCUGGCUCGAUAUCCCCGGUCACUGCCUGGGGUGACCGCGGGGGUCCCAGGGCUGGGGGCAGCCCCCCUGCCUGCUCUCGGGGACAGGGUGUCCCCCCUGGGGUCCCGGUCCCCCCGCAGCGGUGGUGCAGGACAGCAAUGCUGGGGUCCCUCAGAGUGGGGGGCUUUCUGACAUGGAAAUAAAAGGCCUUGCAGAGGGGCA